UGUGUCCACGUUUGUGUUUUAUGUGACUGUUGUCGCAUAAUAUUGAGAUUUCUUAUAUGAUAUGAUCAUUUAUUUUAGGUUAUGAAUCAUAUAUAUAUAGUAAUAUACUACUUUGUAUUGAACGCUAACAUUGUUGUCCACGUUUCUUUUAGCUGAGUGCAGCAUAUUGUAAAAUACUCUAGUCCAACGCAGUCAAACAUGGGACACACCAGUUUGGAUAAGAUCAAAGCACUACAGAAGAAUCCUGCCAACGUCAGGAACCUGUGCAUUCUGGCACACGUGGACCAUGGCAAAACAACUCUGGCAGAUAGCUUGGUGGCCAGCAAUGGCAUUAUAUCAAGUCGCUUAGCCGGAAAGCUGAGGUACCUGGACAGCCGGGAGGAUGAGCAGAUCCGAGGGAUCACGAUGAAGUCCAGCGCUAUCUCACUGCACUAUGCUGCUGGGGAGAAGGACUACCUGAUAAACUUGAUUGACUCUCCGGGCCAUGUGGACUUUUCGUCUGAGGUGUCCACCGCCGUCAGACUAUGUGAUGGGGCCAUUGUCAUCGUAGAUGCUGUGGAGGGAGUUUGUCCACAGACCCAAGCAGUGCUGCGUCAGGCGUGGCUGGAGAACAUCAGGCCUGUGCUGGUUAUCAACAAGAUUGACCGGCUCAUCAUGGAGCUGAAGCUCACCUCUCAGGAAGCCUACACACACCUGCAGAAGAUUCUAGAACAGGUGAAUGCAGUGACAGGCUCUCUGUUUACCUCCAAAGUGCUGGAGGAGCGCGCGGUGAAAGAGGAGCGGGCGGAGGAAGAUAAGGAGGAGGGGGACAGCGAGCUUGCUGAGUGUCCCGGGUCAGAGCAGGUGUACGACUGGAGCGCCGGGCUAGAGGAUUCGGAUGACUCCCAGCUCUACUUCUCUCCAGACCAGGGGAAUGUGGUCUUUGCCAGUGCCAUAGACGGAUGGGGCUUCAGUAUCCAGCAGUUUGCCCAGAUCCACAGCCAGAGGAUGGGCAUCAGGGCUGAGGUGCUCCUGAAGACCCUCUGGGGAGACUUCUACCUCAACGCUAAAGCCAAGAAGAUCAUGAAGGGAGCUCACGCCAAAGGAAAGAAGUCGCUGUUUGUUCAGCUCGUCCUGGACAACAUAUGGAGUUUAUAUGAUGCUGUUGUUACCAGACGAGACAAGGAGAAGAUAGAGAAGAUGAUGAUGUCACUAGGUGUUAAGGUGAUGACCAGAGACUUGCGUCACUCCGACCCCAAAGUCCUCCUCUCUGCCAUCUGCAGCCAGUGGCUCCCCAUCUCACAGGCUGUACUGUUCAUGGUGUGUGAUAAGCUGCCCAGUCCGUUGGACAUGACCUCUGAGAGAAUAGAGAGACUGAUGAGUGUGGGAGCACGCAGGUUCCACUCACUACCCCUGCAGACCCAGGAGCUGAAGACCGCCUUCAUGCAGUGUUCCAGUGAUGACACAGCCCCUGUCAUUGUGUUUGUGUCCAAGAUGUUUAUGGUGGACGCCAAGGCCCUGCCUCAGAACAAACAGAGGCCGUUGACCCAGGAGGAGAUGGCCCAGCGCAGGGAGCUGGCCAGACAGAGACACACUGAGAGACUGGCAGCCAUUCAGCAGACGGAAAGUGGGGAGGGAAAUGCCCAAUCAGGAAGUACAACACCGGCAACCACUCCUGGUGGAGACAACACCAUAGGUAGUGAGGGUGUCUCAGGCCAGAUGCAGGGCCUGCCUCUGAAGGCUAAACCAGAGGAGGAGGAGGGGAAGGAGACGUUCGUAGCCUUCGCUAGAGUCUACAGCGGGGUGGUCCGCAGAGGACAGAAGGUGUUUGUGAUGGGGCCCAAGUACGACCCUGCUCAAGGCCUGCGCAUGCUCCCAGAGGGCAGUACUAGUGUGAGUGCCUGUCUCCCUCCCGUCCCUCACCUGGCCUGCUGCACCAUGGACAGCCUCUACCUGCUGAUGGGCAGAGAGCUGGAGGAACUAGAAGAGGUGCCAUCAGGGAACGUACUGGGUAGGUACUCAAACACCUACACCUACUUGAAGUGAAUGGUCUUUUGAAAGGUUCAUGCAUAAUA